ACUAGGUAGGGGACUUGGCGUCUAUAUUUGCGUCAGCAGGGAUUUGACGAUCCCUCACAUCUCUUUACAUCCAUAACCGCCCAAUGGCACCACCAACCGGUCCCUACGUUCGCGAGGCCAAGCUCCCCGAAGAGUUUCGUGAGCUCAGUCUCGUCGCGGCACGCGCCUUUGCGUCGCACCCUCUGAAGAACUACUUCUCGCAUCAAAAGACUGCCAUCCACCUGCAAAAGGGAAAGCGAAAGGAGAAGAGCCUUCGCCAGCUCGCGAACUUUGAGGAAAGUAUACUACUCUACGUGAAGCUCCUGGGCGGACGCAUCAUGGUGGUCGCUGUGCCGGAGGAGGAUGGGAAGGAGCGUCUGGCGGCGUGCGCGGCGUGGACGCCACCUGGCGCGUCGGAGAAGGAGAGCCUUAUGGUCAUCAUACGUGCGAAGUAUCAUCGGACGGUCCGUGCAUGGGGAAUGGUUGCGCUGAAGAGGAUUGUGGGGGAGUUCACGCCAGUUCAGGAGAAGCAGAGGGAGAAAGCGGCAGAGAGAUAUGGGAUCAAGAAUAACGACUACUGGUACCUCGAACUGCUCUUCACGAAUCCCGAGGAUGAGGGGCGUGGGCACUGUGGAAAGCUACUGAGAGAGUUUGAAGCAUAUGAACCGACCAAGCUGUUCAUGCUGAACGCCGCCUCGGAACGCUCCAUUGCCAUUUACCAUCAUUACGGGUGGAAGACCUUCGACCAACAUAUGCUGGGCGUUGGGAAGGUUGCCGCAGAUGGGACCGCCGCGAAAGGAGAGCAGGCGAAGGGAGUGCUUCUCGAACUCAUGGUGAAGGAGCCUGCAAAGACACAGUAGGAGGCUUUUCGGCGGCACAAAUAUACCCUGUACCUGGAUAUAAUAGCCGGGUUCUUUUGGCGCGCUACCUACUACCUAUAGUACCCGUUACGGAAAUAAGAUCGUCUCACG